UUUUUUUGUUGACACAUUUCAUGAACUUUCGCAUAGAAUUUACCAUCAUAAAAUGUUUUAAAAACUAUAUACAUAAAAAAUAGAAAUUUUAUUACAAAGUUUUCUAUAAAAUUCUUUCUAUAAAAUUUCCUGAUGCACGGACAAUGAAAGAUACAGGAAUGGAAUUACAGAAAACAACAAGCAAAACCAGUCUCCUAAAUUUGAUGGUCCUCAAGGCCUGGAGUGAACGUUGGUCAGAUUCUCAAUGGGGUAUCAAUAUUAAAACCGUACUUCCGAGAGGCGUGAGUGGUGAUGUUUAUAAUUUGGCUGAUUGUAUUCUUCAACAAGCAGUCAUAGGAUCAAGUGCAAAUCCGCUGGUUUUGUCAUAUUUAAAGCAUUCGUUAUGUGCUCAUUUGGUAUCUCAUGCAGCUGUUCUCAAACGUAUAUCGAAAUAUGAACAUUUUAACAAGAUUUACUGCGUUACAUCACUUUUAGAGUUUCUUCAGUCUGUAAUUUCUGGAGUUACUUGUCGGAGCAAGCCAGAAGAAGUAAUGCUUCCGGGAUCGGUUGUGUCUCUAGUCUAUUGGUUAAUGCAAAUUUUCGCUUCAUGCACAGAACAGUUUGCAAUUGGAGGCAAACUCUCACCUGAACAUCAAAUUCUAAUUGAUAACACCACCGAAGUUAUAGAGAACAUUAUAAGCAAUGAUUUCCUUAUGGGAAUUCUGUACAUUGGCAAGCAAGAGGAUCCAGACUUUUUUGGAAAAAUUCGUGAAAAAUACUCAGACAUAAAAAGCUCUCUAAUUAGUUCAGGCUAUAAACCGAACAAUACAAGCAUUGAGAAAAAACUACAUCGUCUGGCGUAUAUUGAUGUAGUCCAAUUACAUAUGCUGCGACUGGAGUCGGAGCAAGUGGAACCGAUUUCAUAUUGUGUUCAACCUUUGUUGGCUGUUGAAGUCCUCCUAAAUCCCAGCAGUGAUACACAAUUUUAUGUCUCAGAGUUGUUGAUGAUUCAGCGUCUUAAAAAUUACUCAAUGGUGCGUUUGUUCUAUGAAAUUAUUCGAGCUGGCUUUAUAUCGCUGAGUAAUGUUAUUGAAACAAGUCAUGAUACCAUGUGGGGAGCAUUUACAUUUUUCAAGGUACCACUAAUAAUAAAACAAUUGAAUGCAUUAUCACAUCAUAAGACGAAUGAAGUUGAUCAUAUUCCAGAAGUUGUUGAAGCUUUGGAUAUACUUCUAGAAGAUACAUUGAUUUUGGAUUUUAUGGAUACUAAAUGCUCUUGUAAUAUGAUUGAAUAUCUUUUGAAUGAUUGGAAGAAACAACAAUUGGUCAAUGAUGUCCACAUCAAGCGUUUUUCUUCGCAGAGGGAACCCAUAUCAACACUUUUACAAAAGCGCGAAGUUGCCAAUCAAGCACCAUCGAUCAUCAAUUUUAUUAUACGUGCUGAAGUUCCAUUAUCUGGAGUUUUGAAAACUUUAAGUGCUGAUUACAAUAAAGUACAAGAAGCACUUUUGGGAGUCUUAUGUCAAGUUUUAGUUGGCAAUAGUUUCGAUCUAAUCUUAUCAGUGGCCACUGUUGAAGGUCGCUUAAAAACAUUCGUCUCCCGACUUAUACAAUGUAAUGAAACAUCCAAACAAGUUCCAGGUGAAGUUGGUAAAACCUCAGUUACAAGGUCAACUCUAUUCGAUGUUUCAUUUUUAAUGUUGACAUUUAUUGUUCAAAAAUAUGGUUCCGAUGUGGUCCUAUCGGAAAAUGGUGAUUCAUUUUUUGAAAAAUGGGUACGAGAGUGUAUGGUUGAGAGAAACAAACCAAAAUCACCAAGAAACAUGGUCGCAUUGUGUGAUGAGAAUAUUGUCGAUGAAUUGCUAUUGAGUCUUAGCAAACCAGAGGCACAACUUAAAAACAGUAAUCUGACUUGGCAAGAUAUAUGCAUGAACAUUCCUGGAGUACUCUAUCAAGUUCUAGUAGCAUGGGAAAAUGAGACCUUAUCGUCGACUGAUGUUAAAGGAAUCUUGGAUAGCAUUAAAUGUCGAUUGUUUUCGUUUUCAGUCUGUGCAGCAUCGUUUUUGUGCGCCUACAUGCAAACUGUCAGAGAAGACGAAUUUCUUAAGCCCCUUAAUAUGGUGCAACAAUUUUUAUCCACCUUAAGCCCAGAAGAGAUGUCAUCACAAGAUAACACCAAAGAACGUCUUGGAUUGUCCUUCCAAAUUAUAAGAAAGAUGCAACAUGACAUCCAUCCUUCGGGAAAUCCAAAGAUGCGUAGCUUAACAGUGACACAGAAUCUCGUAUCGCACACACCGCUCAUUGAGCAGUUUAAGGAAGUUUGGAAGAGUGUAUCCCAACACGGAUGGGUGCCAGUAAAGGCUGCACAAAUUUUGGAAAGUCUUUUGCAAGCAGGUGGCCCAGUUUGGUUUGUUAGACAACUCGUUGAGGAGAUCUUAAAGUGUAAAUACACAACAGAUAUGAUGAAGACAAUGGACAUUGUAUUUGCUGUAAUGCAUUUAGAUAUUGAGAGAAAUACAAGGGCUAUUUUGGAACGCAUUGUUCCACUUGUUCUCUUCAAUAAAACUGGAAGUGAAGAAAUGACGGAAUCGCAAUCAUUUGUUAUGGCAAGAUUAUGUGUCUAUUGCAUUAUAUCAAAUCUCGAGACAAGAAGUGUCCCAUUGAAAAAACGUACUCGCUCCGAAGAUAUAGACGAAACAGACAUUGGAAAUGCAUCCAAAAUACGCAAACUAACAAAUCCAGAGAGUUCGGAUAAUUCCAGCUCGAGUGAUUUUGCAAUGGAAACGCAUCAGAGCAGCAAAGAGCCUCCAUCGGUUAUCAGAGAUCCCCUGCAGAUCAGUUUACAAGGGAUAUUUAAAGUAUUUGCUCAAUUUGUAGCAACCGAUGAGCUCUCGCCAAGAAUUUAUUUCAUUUUUCAAUUUAUCUCACUUCUUGUCGAGUGUGGUAAGGAUCGUGUAAAACCUGUUCUGAAGUUGCUACCAAAUAAUUUGAUACAAAAUUUAUUAAAAGUUAUGGUAACGGAUGAAAUAACAGUUGGACUUAUCUGUCGAAUUUAUGAUCUGAGAAUAAAUACAGGUAGACAAUCUGCAGUCUCGGAUUUGUGUCUGUGGCGCAAUAUUAAUUUAAGAAAAUUAAGUAUUCAGUUGUAGAUCAAUAAAGUCAGUAUUUGAAAUGCAUGCUAAUUUUUUAGCACAAAGAGAAUAUUAUGGAAAA